CCUUACCCGUCCACCACUCUCAUAGCGAAGAGCCGAAGACCAUAUCCUUCCACUGCUAUGGCGGCGGCGGCGACCUCUCCGGCGAGGGCUUCGUGGCGUCCUGCGGUUCCCGCGACCUCCGCAUCGGCAUCAGGUGUCUGCUUCCGUGUUGGAGCGAAGCGCUUCAACGCACGACUCCAGACGGCAAGCAGCUGUGGGCACCGACUCACCAGGCUCACAGCCGCUCACGUCAAGAGCGGGGAAGCCGAAGGGCGUCCAAGCACGGAGGAGAGCGCGGCCAGCGGCGGCGCCCCCGACGAGGACUCCCUGCGACGCGAGCUCCAGACCGCGAUCCAGGGCGAGGACUACGCGCGCGCCGCGGCGCUGCGGGACGAGCUCCGCGUGCUGCAGGAGGACGGGCGGUCCGCGGUGCUGGCGGCGAACGCGCGGUUCUACGCCGCGUUCAAGGACGGCGACCUGGUGGCGAUGCACCGGGCCUGGGCCAAGGGCGACCACGUCUACGUGGUGCACCCGUCGGCGGGGCGGAUCUCCGGGUACGAGAUGGUGAUGCAGAGCUGGGAGAUGGUGUGCGACGCCGGCUACGAGUUCCCGCUGCAGAUCGACCUGCGGGACGUGGCGGUGCGCGUGCGCGGCGGCGUCGGCUACGUCACCUGCCUGGAGAUGGUCAGGACCAAGGGGAGCACCAGCUGGGGGAAGCAGCUGGCCACCAAUGUGUUCGAGAAGGUGGAUGGCGAGUGGCUCAUGUGCGUCCACCAUGCCUCGCACUUCGAUGAGUGACACUGAAUUGCGCUUCGAUCGAUCGAUCGAUGAGUGAAUAAUUUUCAUCGGCAGUGAGGUAGUUAUAUAGUACAGAAACAAGAUGAUUCAGAUUUGAAAAUUGUUGUGAUCCCUGCACUGCACUCUGUUGGUUCUGCUCGGGAGAAAAAAAAAGGACUCAAAAUGAUUCAAACACCAGUUUAUGUCUAGUUGCAUAUUCCUGUUACC